CCGAUGGAUGCUGCGCGGUCGCGCUGCCAUUUGCAGCCGCCGCGGCUCGCAGCGCGCCCCGCGGCCCCGGGAGCUGCGGCGCCCCGGCCGCCCCCCAGCGCCUGCAGCCGCCGGCCGGGCCUCCCCUGCCCCCGCCUCCUGCUGCUGCUGCUGCUCGGCCCCGCUGCCCCGGCGCAAUGAAUCCCCCCGCGGCCGGCGGGGAGGAGACGGGGGCGGCGGGCGGCGGCUGCCGGGGCGCCGAGGGCGGCGGGGAGGCGGCGGGCGCCGCCGGGAUCCCGGAGGAGCAGGGGCUGUCGGCGGCGGACGAGUCGCUGGAGGAGAAGCUGCGCAGCCUCACCUUCAGGAAGCAGGUGUCCUACAGGAAAGCAAUCUCCAGGUCAGGCCUCCAGCACUUGGCUCCUGUGCAUACCCUCAACAUUCCAGUCACCAAUGGACCUGUGAAGGAACCAAGAGCGGCCUUAGAGUGGACUGAAAAUGCUGUGAAUGGAGAGCAUCUGUGGCUAGAGACAAAUGUUUCUGGGGACCUCUGCUACCUGGGGGAGGAGAGCUGCCAAGUCAAAUUCUCAAAGUCUGCUCUGAGGAGGAAGUGUGCUGCCUGCAAGAUCGUGGUCCACAACGCCUGCAUGGAGCAGCUAGAGAAGAUUAACUUUCGCUGCAAACCAACUUUCCGAGAAGGAGGCUCCAGAUCUCCAAGAGAAAACUUUGUGCGGCACCACUGGGUGCACCGGCGGAGGCAGGAGGGCAAAUGUAAGCAGUGUGGAAAGGGCUUUCAGCAGAAAUUCUCCUUCCAUAGUAAAGAGAUUGUGGCCAUCAGUUGCUCCUGGUGCAAGCUAGCGUUUCAUAACAAAGUCACCUGUUUCAUGCUACAUCACAUUGAGGAGCCAUGUUCCCUGGGGGCUCAUGCUGCUGUCAUUGUGCCUCCCACCUGGAUCAUUAAGGUGAAGAAACCUCAGGUGGUCUCCAUACCAGGAGACGAGCCUGAUUGGGCAGGAGACUGGAGCCCCGAAGGGGAAACGGGCGUCUCCUACCCCUUUUGGGAGGGUUGGCAGAACUCCUUAAAGACUUCAACAAGGCGAAAGAAGAGAACGUCCUUUAAAAGAAAAGCCAGCAAAAGAGGAAAUGAUGAUAACAAAGGCCGGCCUUUUGUGAUAAAACCUAUCUCCUCUCCACUCAUGAAGCCACUGCUGGUUUUUGUCAAUCCAAAAAGUGGAGGGAAUCAGGGCACCAAGGUUCUCCAAAUGUUUAUGUGGUAUUUGAAUCCACGCCAGGUCUUUGAUCUCUCUCAGGAAGGGCCAAGAGAUGCGCUGGAGCUGUACAGAAAAGUGCCGAACCUGCGGAUCCUGGCGUGCGGCGGGGAUGGGACGGUGGGCUGGAUCCUGUCCAUCCUCGAUGAGCUGCAACUCAGCCCCCCACCUCCUGUGGCUGUCCUUCCACUUGGCACUGGGAACGACCUUGCCCGCACCCUCAACUGGGGUGGGGGUUACACGGAUGAGCCAGUGUCUAAAAUCCUGUGCCAUGUAGAAGAUGGAACCAUUGUCCAGCUGGACCGUUGGAAUCUCCAGGUUGAGCGCAACCCUGAUUUGCCCCAGGAUGAGCUGGAGGAUGGGGCACGUAAGCUUCCCCUCAAUGUCUUCAAUAAUUACUUCAGUCUUGGAUUUGAUGCACAUGUUACACUGGAGUUCCAUGAAUCCAGAGAAGCAAAUCCAGAGAAAUUCAACAGCCGAUUUAGAAAUAAAAUGUUUUAUGCCGGGGCAGCCUUUACAGACUUUCUGCAAAGAAGCUCAAGAGAUUUAUCCAAGCAUGUUAAAGUUGUGUGUGAUGGUACAGACCUGACUCCAAAGAUCCAGGAGCUGAAGUUCCAGUGUAUAGUGUUUUUAAACAUACCCAGGUAUUGUGCUGGCACGAUGCCCUGGGGGAACCCUGGUGACCACAGAGACUUUGAGCCCCAGCGUCAUGACGAUGGCUACAUCGAAGUCAUCGGCUUCACCAUGGCCUCGCUGGCCGCUCUCCAGGUGGGUGGCCAUGGGGAGCGGCUGCACCAGUGCCGGGAGGUGACGCUUCUGACGUACAAGUCCAUCCCCAUGCAAGUGGACGGCGAGCCCUGCCGGCUGGCCCCCUCCCUCAUCCGCAUCUCCCUGAGGAACCAGGCCAACAUGGUGCAGAAGAGCAAGAGGAGAACCUCCAUGCCUUUGCUGAAUGAUAUCCAUAAAGUGCAGUCUGCUGACCUGAGGAGAGUCUCGGCUCCCCCUGAUUCCUUCACUGUUCCUCAUUCCAUCCCAGAUCGCCUGCGGAUCAGAGUGAACAGGAUUAAUUUACAAGAGUAUGAGGGGCUACAUUACGACAAGGAAAAGCUCCGGGAAGCUUCCAUUCCCCUAGGGAUCAUAGUUGUACGAGGAGAUUGUGACUUGGAGACUUGUCGUAUGUACAUUGACCGUCUGCAAGAGGACCUACAGUCAGUAACCUCUACUACACAGAGAGUUCAUUACCAGGACCAGGAAAGCUCUUUCCCCAGAGUACUUUCUGUUCAGAGGCUCUCUCCUAGAUGGUGCUUCCUAGAUGCAACUUCUGCUGAUCGUUUUUACCGCAUUGACAGAUCUCAGGAACAUUUGCACUUUGUGACGGAAAUUUCGCAGGACGAGAUUUUUAUCCUGGACCCAGAGAUGGUAAUGUCUCAGCAGGUGGGGACGCCACCAGGAAUGCCUGACCUGGUAGUGGAGCAGGCGACUGGAAUAUCGGAGCGGUGGAACCCCACGGUUCGGAAGAGGAUGCUGAGCGACAGCGGCCUUGGAAAGAUUUCUCCCCACUACGAGGUACCUGACAAACAAAAGGACGCCAGCCAGACACACAUACUGCAGUCACCGGUUUCUUCAGAAGAUCAAGCACUUUUACAGGCAGUCAUAUCUGGUGAUCUACUGAAGUUCAUAGAAUGUUGUAAAAAAGGAGCCAAUUUGUUAAUCCAAGGACCUGAUCACUGCUCCUUAUUGCACCACGCUGCCAAGACUGGGAAUGGUGAGAUUGUGAAAUACAUUCUGGAGCAUGGUCCAUCUGAAUUGCUGGACAUGACAGACAGUGAAACGGGGGAGACAGCACUACACAAGGCAGCCUGCCAGCGCCACCGUGCCGUCUGCCAGCUCCUGGUGGAUGCAGGAGCCUCUCUGAGAAAGACAGACUCCAAGGGUAAGACCCCUCGUGACAGGGCUCAGCAAGCUGGUGAUCCAGAUCUGGCCUCCUACCUGGAGAGUCGACAAAACUAUCAAAUGGUUUCCCAUGAGGACCUGGAGACAGCAGUCUGACAUCUGAAAAUGUCCCAAAGGAUCCCUGGAAAUCUCGAGACUGCACCUGAGGCACUCGGGCCUCGUGUGAGGAAGAAACUGAUGGAACCCACGUGUCUCUCACUCUUGAGGAAAAUACCUGAGGACAUGCCACCAGUUUCUAAGGGCUACUGAGUCUUGCUGGGAAUGUUUAUGUUCCACAAGUUAGCCCAUGAUGGAUGAGGUGGGACGCUCAAAGGUCUGUGGAAUCCAUAGGCCAUGAAAAUUUACCUUUAUUGCUUCCAGCAAGUAGCAUGAACUUCUCCCAUGUUCAUCUGUAUAAUUUAUUAAAAAAAAAAAAAGGAAAAAAAGGAAAGAGUAAAGAGGAUGUGGGGGAACAAAAUCCAAAUGAACUGGUACAUUAAGCCACCCAACCAGGCUGUCCUCCAUCCUUGCAGUUUCCUGCAUUGCUUUUAUUCUCCUAUUCCCCUCACUUCUCAUCAGUUAAAUAUUACCUGUUAUCUCUGUGUUGUCUUCACAAAUGGUCAGGCAGUAGCAAAAUGUUUGAGGAGCUCUGGAUGCCCUUAAGAAAUAUCCAGUGUUUUUACCAGCUACAUUCCCUGCCCCGCCAUCCUCUCAGAAGCUGUGUUGUCAGGACUCAGCCCCCUACAGAGUUUUCUUGCUUUUGGAGGGGAUGCUGCUUAUUGCCUUGUUUCCCCGGGUUUGGGCACAGUCAUAUUUACAGCAGUGACAAAACCCAAGCUCAUCAUUGCUGGGCAUGCUGGGUUAUGGUAUCCUCACAAGACAGGCAUUUGUAUGGAAAGGAGCUCUAUGGGAUGUACCAUGCUGAAUGGCAGAGCAGAAAAUCACCAGGAAGAUUUCUCAUAUCACUUUUAUGCCUGUAAUGGCUGACCCAGCUCUUCUCAGGUUUCAGGCCUGCCUAGAAGUUGAUAGCUUCUUCAGUUCUUUACUUCUGAAAAGAUGGGUUUUACACUGGGGAGAGAUUUGUGCAAAGCUGAUGGAAUUCUGAUGGACUCAGUGACAGACCCAGUCCCCUUGGCAGCACAGCCAUGGGGAGGAAGGAGACCGGGAACAUCAGCAGCCAGCCUGGGCUCGCUGCUGCCAACAAACACAUGGGCACUGGCCUGGUCACAAUGGGAAUGGGAAAACCUCCUUUGGCUGAACCUGUAAACUAUCUGAUUGUUCAAGGGAGCCAAGGUUUGGGGAGUCUGUCCCUGGAGAAAGACAAGCAGCAGCUCUUUGCCUUGUUACCCACAAUAGGUUUGAAACAUAAAGCUUGGCUGCUGUAAAGGCCAGCUGUGUCUUCUGUAUUCAUCUGUUCUCUGUCUUAUAACCAUAAAAGAAGAGAAAGCAAACAAAUACACAGGCAUAAAUAAAAUGUUUCAUUGUUGGGUUUCCAAUUGCUACAGAUAUCUCAGUUGAUAAUAUAGCAGAGCUUCCACUUCUACUUUGUCAGACCAGUGCCCAUGAAGAUGCUCACGGCUGACUUUUGGCAUAACUCUUGCAAUACAUUUUUGAAUUUUGCUUUGUUAUUCUAUUUGAAAGAUCCACAACUGUUUGUUUUCACAUCCCUUGCUAGGGGUACCUCUCUGAUAAAUGAUGAUCAUUGGGGUUACAUACAUUUGGAAACCAUGAAAAUAACUCAGGUCAUUAUCCAGAUAAGUUUUUCUUCUUUGGUAGAAGUGGAGGAAAUCAAAUGAAUGCAAUUUUUUUUUUAAGCACGAGUGAUUGUUGUGGUAGGGAGGGGGGGAGCUGAAUAAUAUAUUUUAAUUUUUUUUCCUGUUUUCAGAAGUUCAUUUGAUAUGGGCAAAAUAUUUCUUUAGUAUUUCUUCCUCUGGAAGGAAACUAUAUAUAUUUGUAAUCUAUAGAUCAAUGGCGACAUGAAAUGUAUUUUGUCUUAUUUUCUGUCUUUACCUUUCUCAUUUAAAAAAUAAAAUAUGAAAGCCAAAUUACUUCCCUUGAUAAUUAUCCAGGGGCUUGUGGAAAAAAUAAGUAUGUGUAUAUAUUAGAACAGAAUUUGGCAACUGUUAAAAUAAAAACUCAGAAUAUAGUUUUGUUGUAUGUGAUAUUUCCAUAAGGAAAGGUCCUCACACUAUGGUUUCAUGGUAGGCCUUACACCAUUUCCAAGCUGUGAGAAAAUGCAUUAAUGUGAUAUUUGAUGAAAACAAGAAUGAUGUUAUCAUCACUUUAAUAUUUAGGUUUGCUUACUGGUCUGAGAAAUGGAGAAAUUUUCAAUAGCACAGGAGCUUGGCUUGUCCUGUGCUGAGGCCAAGCUGAGUAUGGCCACUGAGCCUGGGGAGCUCCCUGAUCCUUCAGUCCCAUGAAGCAGCUUGCUUUCAUCACAGGUAGCCUCCAGAGGCCAGAUGUGGGUUAUGAUAAGGGAGCUGCUUCUGGUCCCUCUGUCCUCAGUUGUCCUCCCCUUGUCAGCUCAUCCCUGUGCCCAGGAGGUGCCUGCAGCUGUGGCUGGCUCUGGAGCAGCUGGUCAGGAUGGGCAGAUUUCCUGAGCAAUUUUGUGCCAUUUGGACUGCUCAGAGCAUGCGAGAGAGCGUGGCUUGCCUUUCUCACUGAAAUCUGGAGUACAAUGAUCAGAGUGAGCUGUCGUGUCUCUGGAGAGCUGCCUGUGCUGUGUGAUAAAACAACCCCCAGCACUCAAGGUAGGGCAGGAAUGGGCUGGAUGUGGUGCCUUUGAUGUCCAAUGUGUCCUGAAGCACUGAACCUUUGAUGCACUAGGUACUGCUGAUGUUUGGUAUCUGCAGGUAACAGAACAUCUGUUGCUUGCCACAAUGGCUCAUGUCCGGCAAGGAAUAUCAGAAGCUGGUUCACUGAGGGCAGUUUGGGACCAGGCCCUUUUCAGGUGUGGUGGCAUUACAGAAGCAGCAGGCUCUGCAAUAAAGGUAACACAUUUGUAUUGAAUCUCUGGAGCACUUGGGGUCUAGCUUAGUACAGUACAGCUGUGCCUGCACUGGGCAGGGCCCAAAUUCCAGUGUGCAGCUGGGAGUCCACUUAAAUUACAUGCAAAGCAUUUCAAUUUACUAAAGCAUCUUUGUUCAGUGGCUGUUAAUGUGUGUAUAUUACUAUAUAUAUGUAUAUUUAUAAACAUCAGUAUGCAUGUAUAUAGGUGCACACAUACACAUGUAAGCGCACUUGAAAUUGUGUCAUUUGAAUGAUAAAGCCCCUAGGGAUGCUCAGCUACUGAGAUUGCUGGACUGAGAAAAUGUCAUUUUCCAUUUUAAUUUGUUAUUAAAGGGAACUUUUUUCAGUAGGACUGAGGAGCUCCCGAAUCGUUCCGUUGUACUGGUUUUACCAUCUCAUUUUGGAGCUAAAUGGAGGGAAAGUAUUUAUAAUGUUGAUAAAAUAAACCUAAUUUUGUAAUUUAAUAGCAUCAAUUACUCUUAUUAUUUCAUGUUUCAAUGCUAGAGAUACCUUAUUUGUGUUAUUCAAGGCAUGAUGAUGUCAUACAUUUUUUACUUAUUAUAGCAUAGAAUCUAAGGCAAUGGACAGGGGCACCUUGCACUAGACCAGGCUGCUCAGAGCUCCAUCUAAGCUGACCUUGAACACUUCCAGGGCUGGGUCAAUCACAACUUCUCUGGGCAUCCCUCAGUACUGUAAGAUGUGAGGCUGAGUUUUUGCUUGUGUAAAACAGGGGUCCAAGGCAAAUUUUGCCUGUUACAAAACUGGUUUCAGACUCCAGUGGAUCUUCCACCAUUUCAUGUGGUGUCUGUGUUUUAGCACUUUAAGAUGUCUGUAGGUGUUUUUACUGAAAACCAAGGUGUUUUCACUCUUGUUUUUCUCCAGCAGCUGUAGAAUUGCUCAUGGUGCUGUAGCCUGGAUUCAGUCUACAUGAGAUGUCCCCUGCUCCAUCAGGACUGUCAUACAGACGGACCAGAGACAAAGAAAAUAGUACAAAAUUAAUGUUUUGUACCCACUGAUCUUCCCAGGUGCAUUUGCUGAGCUGGUACGGUUGUGUAAGGAUAGAUGGAGCACAUAGUUUUUUCUGGUGGUGUUGUGUGGCUGUGGGAAGAUUGUUUCACUGAUAUUUCAUGGCUCUUUGGCUCAUUUCUGUCUUUGUCUUUGCUGUAAAACAUAUGGUAGUGAAAUUUUCUGACACAAAUUCAUCUAGAAGUUGGCUGCUUCCCGUUCAGCCAUCCCAGAUGCCUUCUGUGGGAUUUGCUUAUGUGUUGACCCUUCCAGGAUGACCAAAGUAUGACAUGAUCUGUCUCUGGGAUAUGAAAUGGGAAAGAUACAUUGGUAGCCUCAAGUUUUCUGGGAGUUUAAUAGCACUCAAGAAAUGUAUGGCACGCUGGAAAUUUGAAUGCCUUGAAAAAACUCCAAGGAAAUUCUGUCCUUGUACACUGUGUACUACAACAAAAAAAGCAGCUCCUUGUGCUGAUCCAUUUGAGGUGUCAUUUUCCUUUCCCCACUUUUUGCUUCUUUUGCACCAAACUAACGUCUAUAGAGAAGUAUUUUAUAAGACUUGUUUUUAAGAUUGCUAAAAGUAAUAUUUUUGACCUCCAUUUUAUCUAAUCUUUUCCAUUCAUAAAAUAAUGUUUCCUCUUAUUUUCCUCAGUGAAUCUGAGUCAAAAUUAAGCUGGGUUAUUAACUUCCUAAUUAGUCUAAAACAUCAAAUGUAUCUUUGGACAUUUCAGCUGUCCUGGAAACAGCUUAUAUUCCUGUGCCUUUCUGUAUGCAUGUGAAGCUAUAGGGAACAGUAUUAGAGUGCUCAUUGUGGUACUCAUCAUCUCAUUUUCCUUUCUUUGAAGAUAUAGGAAACAGUAUUAGAGUGCUCAUUGUGGUACUCAUCAUCUCAUUUUCCUUUCUUAACAACUAUUUUUUUUUUAGCAGCCUUAAAUUCCAUGAUCUGCCUGCCAAAAUCUGCUGAUUGCAACAGCAACUCAGUGAUGUGCUGCAAGCUACUCCAGGUGGCCAUGGCAAGUGACCAUGGCUGCUCUUAGUGCAGGUUCUGCCAUGGCUUUGGACUUUUCUGGAGUGAGAUCCCCUGCAGGUAUUAGAGCUCAGGAUUUCCCCUCCCUGGCUGUUCCCAGCACUGCUGCCCGUGGUGGUGCCCACAGAGGGUGAUGUUCUACCAUCCCCUGUAAAUGUGCACUGCAGCAACACCCCCUACCUUGGCCAAGGAAUUUCCUGAAGCCAUUUGUGCAAAAGGGGAAAAUUCCCUCCCUGGGGCCCUGAUCACACCAGUAAAUUCAUUACAUUUGACUUCAGUGAUUAGGCAGGCUUGGAGCUGAAUAACCUUACUGUAUUCAGCCAUCAGAGUGCAUCUUGUCUCCUGCCUUAUUUAUAAGGUGCCACAUUCCAGUCUCAGCUGCAGUUUCUUGUUUCCCUGACUGAUUUAAAAAAAACAACAACAAAAAAACCCAAACCAAGAGACAAAAAACCAAUCUAUCCUUUGCAGUACAUGUGUAUCUAGUUACCCAGAGAGUGGGGAAGGCAGGAAGAUCAUUUAAAAAUCUCCUCAUUCUGAUGUAGCACAUCAUGACUUCCAAAAUCUGAGCAAGGAGAAGCCUUGCAACAAAAGCAUUUGUUUCAAUAUUAACACAUCUAUAUUUCAGGAAAUAAUUUGAUGCUAAGCCUUGUUAAAACAGUCAGCUUAGGCUCUUAGAUCUCCUAUGUGUCAGAGAUUUGGGGAAUCUAAGGAGGCAGUAAUCCUCUUGACAGGCACAUAAAUGUAGGUGAAUGCUCAAAAAGGCAUAAAACCACCUUUCUUCAAAAAUCUGUUUCUAUUUUGCCACCCUCAUCUACUAGAAUCAGAACCCUGAUUUGGGAAUGCUGCUUCAGAGUUCAGCAAUAUUUUAACAGCCUCAGCAUUCAUUUGCAAAGUGUAUAGAAGCUGUAGCAUUUUGAAGUGCAAGAAAAAAAGCACUAUUUCUUUGAGCAAUAUAAUAGUACAAAUGUAAUUGCCUCAUCUCUUGCCAGCCUCCUUUUGCUGGUGAAGUGCCACACCUGGCUCUUCAAUUAGUCCCUGUCUGGGAGGCUGCUUGAUGUGUAGCCCAGCGCUCAGUGAAGUGUGCACUGUGGCAAUCCAGUGCCAAAGUGCUGCUGCAAUUACCUAACUACUAGCACAUGAAAUUCUUUUCUUAGUGUUGCACUUCAUUUUAAUGAGAAAAAUGCCCUUCUGAUUCCAGCUACCUUGGUGACCUUCGAUUUCCACUCUUUCCCUCAAGCUGUGGUCAAGAAGAGGUAGAAGGUAAUCUCUGUUCCUACAGAAUCCAAAUCCUGUCGAGGAACUCUACAAAUCACUUAGGUUUGUAGGUGUGGAGAAGAAGCUCAAGAAGCUCUUGAGUCUGAUGCAGCAGACAUGAGUGAUUUCUACUUGGCUAAUUAGGCUUUAAUAAGCAGCCCCACUUUUCUAGGGCUGCUUUUCCUGUGUGACAUUCACAUAAAAAAAUGAGAGAUGACAAAAUUAGAAAAGCAAAUUAAGCUGGCCCCUGGGAAUGGGGAAUUCUAAAGAUUGGCUUCCACAUACAUUGCUCUUUUCUAGAUGAGGAGUUGCAAUGCUGUAAUGAGUAAUUAUGUAUCAUAAUUAGAUAUAGCUAAUUGUAAUAGUGAGGUGGGUGCUCGCUGUGUCCAAUAUUUAUGUCACCCAGAUGCAGAGGUAUUCCUGCCCCUGUAGAGAUCACCAGACAGCCUGGAGGGGGAACAGCCCUCUGUUUGCAAAGCUUGAGGCUUUGUGAAGUGAGACGUGAGCCCCAAGGUGAGCAAGGCCACCCCUCCCUGCUCCUCAGCCAUGCUGGGGGCUUUCCUUCCAAAUGGAUGGAGGCAAUGCCACAUCAAAAUAAAUGUUUGCUGUAGGUCACAAAGUGAAUGGAUAGCUGUCUUUCUUCUCAUGUCCCCUGCUUCAGCCCCUUUCCAGUGACAUUUUUUUUACUUUUAUCAGAAUGGGAAGUCUGUUAUGUGCCUGUAUUGACAGAAGUUGGGUGCAGUUGUGGUUGUUGUCUGUGGUCUUGCUACUGUUCUAAUGCCUUCUCUUCAUGGCAUAGGGGAGAAGUACAUUCAUGUCAAAGCUAAGGAAAAAAGUGACCUUGCUGGCAGCUAAUGACAGGAAGGAAAUAGAAAAUAAUAAUAUUUAAAUUUAAUUUUAAAUAUUCUUCAGUGCUCUUUGCUUUUUCUUCAUUUCCUCUCCCUUUUUGAGUUUCUGUACUGAGGCCUUUAAUCUUUCAUCACCUCUUCUUUCCUUAGUUCAUUCUACCUUCAUUUUUGGCUGGAAAGGUCAAAAUCCUGCUCAUGUGCUUACCCUUGGGACACUUGUGCUUGACCAGUCACAUAUGGUUGGAUCUCCUCUGACCAUGUACAGACAUGGGCAGGGAAUGCUGAAAUUCUCUGUACCAGGAAUGAGCUGGAUGUGCAGCACUAAAGGCUCCUCUGAGGGCAGUUGUAAUGCCCAAGUUGUAAUCUCAGGAUUAAACAGAUGGGAAGUAUGAUGGACUUGGGUUUUUCAUGCCUGAGGGCUCAAUUUCAGCCUUUCCAGACUUAGUUUUAAUAUCAACAGGAAAAUUCUUACUUCUGUAAUUUUUUUUUUUUUUUUGCCUAGUCUCAUGUUUCUUCCCUUUGUGAUUUUCCUGUUAAAUAAUCUUUGCCUGGGCAAACGCUAUUGUAUUGCACUGUGCUUGUGCUUGCAGGAAGAGGCAGCUGCUUCCAAGUGGCAAAGUGAGUGUCUCUCAUGCAAAAUGGCUGGCUUUGCUACUGUACAGCUUUCUGCUCAGCAUGUAGCUCACAGAAAUCACAGGGACAUGGCAGGGGCUUAUCAGGAUUUUUCGUUCCCUUUACAUGUCACUGCAGAGUGAUUCUCUUCCAUCUGCCUCCUUUGAUCAUGCAACAGCUUUGGGAGGAAAGAAAAGAAGUGGCUGAGCCUUCAAAGCACUGAGCAGCUCUUGGGAGCUUUGUCUCUCCCUUGCUUGCUGCUGCACCUCACAGAGCUGGGAAAGGGGAAGCAGGGCAUGCUUCAUGUGCAGAAACAUCCAUCUCUCACCUCACUGGCAAAAGUAACAACUCUUUGAAGGUCCCUAUUCUGACACCCCAGCAGUGCCAGGUAGGGUGUAAAAUACACAUGGACAUCAGCAAGCCUCUAGGAGCUGACUUCCUUUCUUAAGGGCUCUUCCAGGCUCUUUUUGAUUCUCAUCCUGGUGCCUCAGGAUAGGGAUUCCUUCCUGUGUCUUCCCAGAGCAAUCACCCUGAGGAUGCCCUUUGUAAUGGGUGCCCUCAUACCGUGUUUUACAUAUGCUCUGUGUCCUGCAACUCCAUUAAUCAAGAGUUAAAAUCCCUUUCAAAAUGGACUUAGGAGCUUGGCCACUGUCCCACCAGGGUGCAGUGCACUGGGGAGAGGAAUAUGGAAUGGAAUAUAACUGCCAACAUUUCUCUGUAGAAAUCCACUCAAGGUGAAAUGUGCUUUCACAGUGGGAAAUGGAGGUUAUUUUUCUCCUGCCCACAUUGCUUUGUGUUGCAAACCCUGUGCCAGUCAUUUUGGAUGCAGACAGCUUUUUGGAAGCAGGAGGCUUUUGAAAGAUUUUUGCAAGUCUGGCCAAUGAUGGAGCUGAGGACUUGUGUUCUGCAGCUCCCACACAAACCUUCUGGCAGUCCGUGGAGGUUUCAGUGUCCUCUCUGAGUCAGUGAGCAGAAUAUUUUGCUACAAGCUACAGGCCUGUCUUUGUGCCACUGCUCUUGCUGCUUUGCUUCUGCACAGCUUUUAGAACAGCUCUGGUUUUGCAGUCUUGCACUGGGAAAAAUCACAGUGGUAUGGGGAAAAUCUUGCUUUUCCUAUGGACACAAACACUCAUCAUCUGCAGUUUUGUGCCAAUGAAAAUGCAAUGUAUGUAAAGACUCAGCUUGGUUGAUGAGGCUGUCACAACUAGCUCAGUGAGGAUUUAUUUUCAGCAAGACCUGACUUCUUGUUUUGCUGCAAAACAAAGAAGAUCAUGCAAAAAAUAAUCACUUGGCUUAAUGGUAUGCUUCUGUCUUAUGAUAGUUAACAAGUUUAACUGUGUGCCACGUGGUUGUGGCACAGAACAGGGAAAGCUUUUGCUUUCAGAAUUUAUCAGAAUUCUCUCUGGAGGUACUGAGGUUGAAGAGAUAGGGCCAAAGGUAGCAAAUCAAGGCUUUGAGGUUGCAUUACUGGCACUUCCAUUAAAUCCUUUUGGGUAAAUCAUUUAGCCUUACUGUGCCUCAGUUUUCUUAGCUGUAAAAUGGGGAUAAUAUCAUCUCCCCACACACAGACAGGUAAGGUUUUUUGUGUUACAAGCCUAAAUUAUGCUGUGUAUUAACUAUUUUUGAAUUGUAUGGUUUUGGGUUUUAUUUUUGGUGGUUUAGAUUUUUUUUUUUGUUUGUUUUGUGUGGUUUUGUUUUUUUUAAACAUUUUUUUCAUUGUGCCUUGUAAUGUUAUUCUUAGCAUCCUGCUUCUUUUGGACCCAUUUUUUACUCCAGACAGUGAGAGCAGCCCUGUCCCAUGCUUUUUAGUUUAACUGGUUGAGAUAGUAAAGAGGGAUGGAGAAUGAGACUUCUCCAAUUAGCUAUUUUGCACUUUUCAUGCUUGAUUUCCAUGUUUGAGCUAUCUUGUAUUAAAUGUUGUAACUCAGGUAAUAUUUCAAGUCAAUGAAAGCAUUCAGGUGGUUUAUCUCUCUUCAGAGAAGAGUAUUUUGCUGAAUUUUAGAGCAGCUUUAUUCCAUCACAUUGACUUCAUUGAGCACAGAAUGUUCCCUUUGGGAGUGCCCAUCUCAGAAAUAACUCUUUCUGUCACCCCUCUGCUAUUAUGCUGGUAUGACAGAAUAUUGCCUAAGAGUCCAGAAAUCACCACUUGGGUUUGUUUAUGGGAAAGCUUUCUGAGGAAUGGAAAGGAACAUUUGAGGGAACAGAUUCUCUGGCCUUCAUAUUAAUAUCUCCUCUGGCCACCUGGCAAGUGGGAGAUGAAAACUGGUAAAGUACAAGGACAAGUGUUAGUAAAGAUUUAGGGAACUGGAAGUGCCUCAUGCAAAAGGGAAGAAGGCCAGAAAGGAGUCAUCAAGGCCAGGAAGGAGUGGGAUGGUGCUGAACAGACUCUUGAUGGAAAGGCUGAGUUUCAUCAGGCUAUAUAUAUAUAUUGAUAAAUGCAUAUAUAGUGGUGUUUCCUGGAGAUGGUGGAGACAGGACAAUGGGCAGAUUUUGAUCUCCUCUGCACUAGCAUCACUCCUGGUGAACCAAGAAGUGACUGAGGUCAAAACCUGGACCAUUCCAUGAUGUGUUUGGCCCCCUGAACCGAGCAGUACAUUCAAAUAACAAAUGAGCAUUUUUAACCUACAUUUCGUGGGCAUCCAGAGUUCCAGCCUUUGUAUAUAUCCUAUUAUCUGAAUCCACAUCUGUUCCAGGAGUUGUAAUAACAUCUCAAAGGGCUCUUUCAUGCUACCUGACCUUGUGCACAAUGCACGGGAACAUCUCGAGGCUGCCAGCCGGCAGAAGGGACCCCAGGCACGCUGCAGUACCAUGAAUGGAGGAUAUGUGUUUAACAGAGAACCAAGGCGCAGGUAAUUUAAUCACCAGUGAGGGAGAGCACAGGAAGGAGGAGGAGCUUUUUGUAACAAAGUAAAAAAGUAUUUUCUUCCACAAUUUUCUUGCAUUUCCUAUUUAUACAAAGUAUCUUGAUCACUGUGUUGCUAACUGAGGAGAUUUUAAACUGGGGGAAGGAAGAAAUAUGUAUACAGUGAAAGAGCUGGUUGCUGUUCCUUUUGGACACUUUUUCUGUAUUGUGACUUGUGUGGAAAUGUACAGAAUAAAAAGUGAAGAAGCGCA